GACUCGUAAAACCGGUCAGGGUUCCUGGACCGGUGUUUCGGCAGAGGAGCUCGGAGAGACGAACAGUCAGCACGAUGCCUUUGCGAGGAGUUGUUGUGAUGCUGGCGUGUGCGCCGUUCCUGGCCCAAGUGUUUACGAGUGCGUCCGAUUGCGGCUGGCGGAGAUACCAGUGCACCAGCGGGCAGUGCAUUGCCGCCCAGUAUCUUUGUGACGGCGAAAAGGAGUGUGCCGACGGCAGCGACGAGUCGGAGGCUGCGUGCGGCCGCACCCCCACCACUCAACUUCCCGUCGGUAACGUGGUGACGGUGAAGGUUCGGAGGGGGAAUGAGCAUGAAGACGUUAAUUUCCACAUAUGCAGCAGCGCCGCCUGUAGUUCACUAAGCCUUGCGGGACAUUCACCCAAGAAGUCGCUGCGGUACAUCGCCUACGUCAAGAACAACGCGCAGGGCGACCACGGCCAGAAACACCACGAGACGUUUCAAAAAGACCCCAACGGUUGGACCUCGUUCCCCGAGGGCGAGUUGGUGUUCGAGGUGCAGCACCGGCCCAACGAGCUGGCCGUCUGGCUGGCGGGCCACCCGGACAAGGCGGCCGUGGUGCCCGUCCAGGAGCCCAGCGACAAGCUGCUGGUGAAGCAUAACUAUUGGAGCGUAUCCAUGCCCGUCGAGUUCAUCGGCAACAAAGCCGCUUGCAGCGACACGGAGUUCCGGUGCCUCGACGGGGACUGCAUCGACUCGGUACGUCGCUGUGACGGCCAGAAGCACUGCGGCGACAACAGUGACGAGGACGUGAAACUGUGUGACGGGGCCCCCUCCACCGUGCUCCCCAAGGGCAACGUGGUGACGGUGGGCGUCUACAGGAAGCAGUUCCAUGGGGACGUCGAGUUCCACCUCUGCACGAGCUCCGACUGCAGCGUGCUGCGCGUGGCCGGCAACGACGCCGCCUCCAACCUCGCCUACACCGCCAUCGUCAAGGCCAACGCACGUGGCGGCAAUGGAACCAACUACGCCCAGACGUUCGAGAAGGACGCUGUGAGCUGGCGGUGGUUCCCCGAGGGCGAGGUGGAGUUCGAGGCGCAGCACCGCCCCUCCGAGCUGGCCGUCUGGCUCAGGGGCCACCCCGACAAGGCGGCCGCGGUGCCGGUGGAGGAAAAGAAGUACAUGCUGCUGCGCGUGCUGCCGCGCCACCGUAGGACGGACAUGCCGGUCACCUUCGAAGGCAACGCGCCGGCGUGCGGGGACUCGCAGUUCCGCUGCGGCGACGGCGAGUGCGUGGCGGCAGCGCUGCGCUGCGACGGCAGGAGGGACUGCGUGGACGGCAGCGACGAGGACGACAUUCUCGCAAUGUGUCAAUGGGUGGCUGCCCCGGCGAGUACCAAUUGCACGUUUAGACACUACCAAUGCACCAGCGGGCAAUGCAUCGACUCGGAUCUGCGAUGUGACGGCCGAAAGCAAUGUGACGACGGCAGUGACGAGUCGGACUCAGCGUGCGGCCGCCCCACCACCACGCAACUUCUCGUCGGAAACGUGGUGACGGUGAAGGUGCAGAAGAAGAAAGUGCAAGGCAACGUUAGAAUCAACCUGUGCAGCAGCACCGCCUGCAGUGGACUUUCCAUUGGGGGAUCCUCAGCCAACAAGUCGUUGGCGUACGUCGCCUACGUCCGCAGCAACGAGCGGGGUGACUUCGGCCGGAAACACCACCAGAUGUUCGAGAACGACUUCAAGGGUUGGACUUCGUUCCCCGAGGGCGAGUUGGUGUUCGAGGUGCAGCACCGGCCCAACGAGCUGGCCGUCUGGCUGGCGGGCCACCCGGACAAGGCGGCCGUGGUGCCCGUCCAGGAGCCCAGCGACAAGCUGCUGGUGACGCCUUACCUUCGGAGCUACGUCAUGCCCGUCGAGUUCAUCGGCAACAAAGCCGAAUGCAGCGACACGGAGUUCCGGUGCCUCGACGGGGACUGCAUCGACUCGGUACGUCGCUGUGACGGCCAUAAGCACUGCGGUGACAACAGUGACGAGGACGUGAAACUGUGUGACGGGGCAAUUGUAGGCUGCGGCAGAGGCGGCCCGGGCCCUGCGACCCUCGUGCAGAACGGCAACAAGACCUCCAUCGAGUCCGUGCCGUGGCACGCGGGCAUCUUCGUCGAGGCCAAUGGCCGCCUCCAGAACGUGUGUGGCGGCAGUCUCGUGUCCCCGUGCAUCGUUGUUACAGCUGCGCAUUGUCUUUUGCAAGGAAAGAUAUUUGUCGCUCUGGGCAAAUUUCUCAGUGGCUGGCAUUCUGAAUCCGGGGAAGACGUUCACAAGACUGAGGUCAAAAGAAUUAUCAAGCAUCCUCACUAUUUGGGCUACAUAUCCAAGCUGGUUUCCGACAUAGCAGUGCUUGAACUGAAAAACUGCAGCCCCAUCAGCAAGAAAAUUUCACCAAUCUGCAUUGAUAAGAAUGUGAAGCCCGUCUUGUCAGCUGACGUCAAGGUCGCUGGCUGGGGCAACGAGACGACCGUCUUGACGGACCUGGCGUCCGUGACCCUGAGGCAGCUCACUUUCGACGACUGUUUGGCCCUGAUGACAAAGAAUGGUCCGCACGUUGCUUACGUGACGCUCGACAAGUUUUGCGCACAGCGAAAAAGGGGCACACCAGAGUCGGGGCUGCUGCAGGGCGACAGUGGCGGCGGUGCCGUUGUCAUGCAGCAUGGGUCCUGGUUCCUGGCCGGGGUCGUGUCCGCCCGCCUCAAAGACGGGGACGACAGGGAUAUCUACGCGCUCACCGACGUGUCGCACUUGUCGUCCCGGCGGCCGUCUUGCGGCAGUUCCGCGAAAAGGUGCCGGAGUGGCAUUCCUUCCUGGCGGCGCUGCAGCGCAUGGGGGCCUCCCCGAGGGGUGAAUCACUGUGCGUUCUGGUGUACACGUGAGUACAUGAGUACGGAGUGCGCCUCUGAAGAGGAACCUGGUCAUGAUAGAAACAUGCUCUCUGGAUUCAAGCUUUCCAACCAAAAGCCUUUGUUCAACCAACCUGCGUGAAGUGGAAGACACUGUGCAAACGACCAGCCUGCUCCAGGACCAAGAAGGUGAACUCCCGAAACGGAUGAAACGUGCAGAAGUCCCACUGGCCCUGAAACAUGUAGCUCCACCUCUAGAGGAUUUUGAACUGUCUACCAAGAAAAAAGGCAGGCUUCAAGAAAUCUCCAAUUCAGAGGAGCGGGUUGAUGCUCUAAAAGUGAGGGCUUUGACGGCCCUCGGUCCGAGACCUCCGCGACCCCGAGCGGUCGGGUCACUCUGAGUCCAGCGGCAGCAGCGACAAGUCGUCCUCUGCCCGUCUCGUCCUGCGUCGAGUCUGACCGUCGCCUCUCUACUCGUACUUGUGUACUUGUUGUCUGUACUGAAUAAACCCAGUGUUUAAAACCUAGCCAUACCUCCAUCUCUCUCGCCGGAACCUCCCCGAAACCCGCACCCUCACAAUACUUCUGUGUAUCGCCGUUCUGAAGGCAAUACUUCUCCGUAAUGCCGUUUGUUGGCGAUACUCAAUUUUAUCGCCAAAAACUGUACCUAAGUACCACCUUUGCAUUUGCAGUGCACGCUUGCAAACCUAGAACGAGCGUCCACGUUAGCUUAGUGCAUGCCUAUACCACACUUGGAUUUGCAAAGUGCAUAUAUUGUUGUAGUGUAAAUGGGUGCAGUAGAACCUUGUUGCCACUUGGUAGGCCACCCGCAACACACUUCGCGGAUCGCUCGAAGGUAAGGAGGAAGAUGAGCGUGCCACUGAGACUGACAACAAAGUAUCUCGCAACAACCUAUUACCUCAUUUCCAUAAUUUACCAUGAUGGCCCUUCGCCUGAUUCUGUACAUUAUACCUGCGUGGCAAAAUGUGGCGAUGGGUUCAAGUUAUUUGAUGAUAACACGGUAAAUAUAAUUGGUGGUGACCCAGGUCGGAGUCAAAGUCAUUUUUACGCCUUGAACACGUCUUGAAAGCGCAUUGCAGGGAAGGCAACAAAAGAGGAUAUCGCU